AUGCCUCCCCUCUCCGCCAUCCACUCUCACGCACCAGCCGCCUUCAACUGGCUUGAUGCUAUGUCUGUGGACAAAUCAUUCUUUGAUCCAAGAACCAGUGAUCUCCACCGGUUCCCUCUGCCCGCCCGAGGUCCAUCCUACCCUAUGGAUGACCUCGAUAUCACUAGCCCAGUUCUGGUCGCUCCAACGCCUAUCAAGCCCUCAGUGACCACCUGGACUCACAACAGUAUGAAAGCCUGGGAGACCGAAGGCUUUGAGCCCCUACCCGCUGACGAUAUCGAGCUUGACGCCGAUGUCAACGACGACAACGACAGCCUCGCGGGUAUCGAGCUUGAGCAACUCCAACUGGAGGCCGUACCUCCAUAUCCCAAUCGAUUCGCAGGAGAUUCACUACUCAGCCUGCACGACCAGAUACAGUCGCCUCGGAAGCAACAUUAUACUUUCUCUCGACUCCCAAUUCAACAGACCGAGACGCACCCACGCUCGCAGCCCGAGGAGCCAAUCCUCUAUCACCCAAUCCUCAUCGACCCAGUCCUUGAGCCAUACGCUUACGCGUUUUCGGACUCGGCAUCGUCUAUGGCCAGCUCGUCGGAGGAAAAAACCCAGAAUGUUGGAAAAUUGAUUGCCAACAAAGCCCGGAAAGCGGCAGCCCACGGCGCCGCGACGUAUCGAAUCUUGAGAAAAAAGUUGAGCUUUUGA